AUGAAACUUCACGAAGAGGAAAACAGGAAAACAGUUAUUGAAAAAAUAAAAACGAGUGGUGCUGUCCUUGGGGCGGGUCUUCAAGAUUUCUUGUCGGACAAAACGAAGAUGACUGCUGCUGUAGGUACUUUGACCGCUCUCGCUGUCGGAUGGUAUGUGGCUAAACGCGGAACAGGAGUUGUUGCUCGGUACGCUGAGGCUCGGUUGGGAAAGCCCAGCUUAGUGCGAGAAACCUCCCGCAUUACUCCUCUCGAAACGCUUAAGCAUCCGAUAAAAGUGGCAAAGAUGGUCUUUCGGCCCAAACAUGACCCCCUGAAGGGUGUUGUUCUUUCGGGUCUGUUCCGGAAUGUACUCUUCUACGGUCCUCCUGGUACGGGUAAGACAUUGUUCGCGAAGAGCUUAGCUCAGCAUAGUGGACUGGAUUACGCUAUCCUGACUGGUGGUGAUAUUGCACCCAUGGGACGUGAUGGUGUAUCAGCAAUCCACAAAGUUUUCGACUGGGCGCAAAGUAGUCGAAAAGGAUUGGAUCAACUGGUUCAGUUUGAUCUUCCUGGCAGACCGGAGCGUGAGCGUAUAUUAUUGCAGUACUUCGAGGAACACAUCGCUAAGCCAGCAACUAGUGGUGCGAGGGGGCAACGUUUAAAACUGGCUAAUUUCGACUGGGUAGAGAAGUGUGCGCAAGUUGCCGAUAUAACCGAAGGAAUGAGUGGAAGAGAGCUCAGCAAGCUCGUCAUCGGAUGGCAGGUUUGGGAUUUCACCAUUUUUUCGCUCUGUUCUCUCUUCGCUUCCUCUGAUGCGGGUUUUCUGUUUUCAAGUAAAUAA